GCCUGCGUGGAGCCCGCGCCCGGGGGCAAGGGGGGCAAGGUGGCGGACUUCAUCCUGGAGGCGAAAGAGGUGAAGGCCGAGGCGUGCGGAUUCGGCCGCGCCGGGGUGCAGUGCGAGAUGGCCGUGCGAUUCACGCCCUCGUCGCUCGGCGAGCGGAACGCACUCCUCACCGUGUCCGGCCCCGGGGGCGGGGAGUACAAGGCGCUGCUCACAGGCUUCACGCAGCCGCCGCAGCCCCAGGGCCCCAUCGCCAUCCUCAACGGCAAGCAAGGAACCGUGGAGUUCAGGAACCCCUUCGACACCGCCGUGGAGUUCUCCGUCAAG